CGCCAAAGUACUGCAUCCUUUUCUCUGAAGAAAAUCGCAAUCGCGAAUAAUUCACGGUCUGUUUGAUUUUGUCGCUGUCGCACGGUUUUUUUUAUAAAGUUUGUGAUUUUCUUUUUCGUUUUACAGUAGUUUAUAAUAAAGUUUCGUAUUUUGGGAUGUGUUUUCCCUGUUUGUCGCUGUCGUAGGAAAUUAUAAAUCAACCAAGAUGUCGAAAGACAUCCGUUCUUUUUUCAAUGUGGGGGUGAAAGUCAAAAAACCGGAAACUCCAAAGCAAAAUUCGGCGCAAGCUGCAUCGAAACGCAAAGCCGUCGUUUAUAGCGACGAAGAACAACCCGAAAAAGAUCGUAAGCAGUCGGAAAUCCAAGAGAAACCUAUUUCACAGAACAAGAAACGGCGCGUGAUCGACUCAGAUGAUGAGGAAAAAAGCCCCGUCCGACAGAAAAAGAGCUCUUCUUCAUCGUUGACCAGUGGAUCGAGCAAACUGAAGCCGGUCAGUGCGGCUGAUGUUUUUAGUUCCGCGCCGGUCAAACGCACCGAAGUGCCUAGACCUACCAAGAAAGCUAUUAAGGAGGAAAUUGAGAUUCAUUCCGAUGAGGAGUUAGAGAAAACACUGAUUGGAAUCGAUGACAGUGGCAUGGUAGCAGGGACUCCAACACCGACGAAAAAGAAGGAAAAAAAUAGUCCAACUGUAAAGGAAGAACGCAAAACGAACGGUCAUGGGAACCAUAAAGAAUCGAAAAGUUCUCCCAAAAAGAAGAGGGAAGAUAUAGAGAAGUAUACCCCGGAAAAGAAAGAUGAAAAUCGAAAGAAACAUACCCCGGAAAAGAAAGAUGAAAAUCGAAAGAAACAUACCCCGGAAAAGAAAGAUGAAAAUCGAAAGAAGCAUACUCCGGAAAAGAGAAGCGAAGAGCAAAUAAAAACCCAUAACUCUGAAAAGAAGAAAGAAAAGCCAAUUGUCAGUAAGGAGUCAAGUUCUGAAGAGGGAACGACUCCAAAAAGUUACAAAAAGAACCAUAACGAAUCUGUUAUAUCUGAUGAAGAACGACACGAAAGAAAACGUAUGUCCGCAAUGUUGUAUCAGAAGUUCAAAAAUCGAAGCGGACCAGCUAACCCGGGAAGUAAGGAAAUUCCCAAGGGUAAGCCGGACUGUUUGGCGGGCCUACAGUUCGUUGUUACCGGUGUUUUGGAAUCAUUGGAACGAGAUGAAUGUGCUCAGAUUAUUAAAGAUUUUGGAGGAAAGGUAGUUAGUUCGGUGACGAAAAAGGUUACUCAUAUGGUCAUUGGCGAAGAGGCUGGACCUUCGAAAUUAGCAAAGGCAGAAGAAUUAGGAAUUCCUCAGCUGUCUGAAGAUGCGUUACUCAAUUUGAUUCGUGAACGCUCCGGUCUUUCAACAAACGGCUCCUCAAAGGAGACUACUGCAGCUAAAAUUCUUAUAAAAGAGGAGAAAACUCCUUCGAAGGAAAAGGAAAAGAAACGCAAGAAAACUGCUGAACACUCACCUAGCAAGCGUACUCCGGAUAAGAAGAUCUCGGAAGCAAAAUCGUCGUUACCCAAAAUUCCAAAGAUUGAAAAGAAAUCUCCAGAGAAACCGAUGAUUCCUAAAAUCGAAAGCAGAUCGCCCGUAAAGAAGCAGGAAAUCGUUUCUCCAACCAAACGUAAGGAAAGUUCAUACGAAAAAGAUAUUCACAGUACCGAAAAUAUGGCCUGGGUUGAUAAAUACAAACCGACCUCGGUGAAACAGAUCAUUGGCCAAACCGGAGCAUCAAGCAAUGUUCAAAAGUUGAUCAAUUGGCUAUCGAAGUGGCACUCGAAUCACGAUGGCAAAAAGAAAAUUCCCCGCCCUAAUCCGUGGGCUAAAAAUGACGAUGGUAGUUACUAUCGAGCUGCCCUUCUGUCGGGACCACCGGGAGUCGGCAAGACGACUACAGCAACUUUAGUGUGCAAGGAACUCGGGUUCGAUACGGUUGAGUUUAAUGCUUCCGAUACACGUAGCAAGAAACUGUUGAAGGAAGAAGUUUCGGAACUGCUGAACAACAAGUCUUUGUUCGGAUACUUCACAGAUGGUGGCAAAGGCGAUAAGGUUUCCAAUAGGCAUGUACUGUUGAUGGAUGAAGUGGAUGGGAUGGCGGGAAAUGAGGAUCGCGGUGGAAUUCAGGAGUUGAUUUCAUUGAUCAAGGAAAGCCAUGUGCCGAUUAUAUGCAUGUGUAACGAUCGGAACCAUCAGAAGAUGCGCUCGUUGGUUAAUUAUUGUUACGACCUAAAGUUCAGUAAGCCCAGAGUUGAACAGAUUAAGGGGGCCAUGAUGUCGGUAUGCUUCAAGGAGGGUUUGAAAUUAGCUCCCGGAGCGCUGGAGGAAAUCAUUGCGGGUACUGGCGGUGACGUACGUCAAACGCUCAAUCAUUUGGCAAUGUACAGUGCUGGCAAUACAAGCGGAUUAAGCUUAAGUGUAGAUAAGGCCAAACAGGGAGCGGAGUCGGCCCGCAAGGAUGUGAAGAUGGGUCCAUGGGAUGUCAUUAGAAAGGUGUUCUCCGCCGAGGAUCAUAAAAGCAUGUCAAUCCAUGACAAGUCCGAUCUGUUCUUUCACGAUUAUAGCUUGGCACCGUUGUUCGUGCAGGAAAAUUACUUGAAAGUUACACCGAAAGUUCCCAAGACGCAAGUCAUGGAUCAAAUUGCCUUGACAGCUGACAGUUUAAGUCGCGGAGACAUGGUCGAUCGGAGAAUUAGAUCAAAUAUGGCCUGGUCAUUGUUACCACUUCAAGCUAUGUACAGUUCGGUUCUACCCGGAGAGUAUAUGGAAGGUUUUUUCAGUGCCCAGAUUAACUUUCCCGGAUGGUUGGGAAAAAAUUCGAAAGCCACAAAGCGCAAACGUUUGGCACAGGAGAUUCACGAUCAUACCAGGACUUGUACUUCUGGGUCAAGACUUUCUGUUCGGAUGGAUUAUGCACCGUUCCUUGUCGACGCUAUUGUUCGACCACUGAAGGAGAAGGGUUCCGAAGGCGUUGAUGAAUCUCUAAGUGUUAUCAAAGAUUAUCAUUUACUCAGGGAGGAUAUAGAAUCACUCAUCGAGCUGACCAGCUGGCCGAAGAAGAAAAGUCCAAUGGAUUCGGUAGACGGAAAAGUUAAAGCCGCACUAACAAGAGCCUACAACAAGGAAAUUGCUCCCUAUUCCUAUUCGGUAGUGAAUGCCGUUAAGAAGAAGAGAGCUGAGGCAGUCGAUGAAGCGGCUGCCGAAAUGUACGGUGAAGACGAUGAUGCUUAUAACGGUGCGGCUGAUUCUGAGGAAGAAAAAGACGACGAUGAUUUGGAAAAUAAUGCUUUCAUCAAGGUUAAGAAGAAGCCGGCAACGAAGGGUGCAGUCGCUAGUAGCACUAAAGCCGGUGGGUCAAAAACGAAGACAACCACUUCGGCUAAAGGCAAGAAAAAAUGAGCUUCUUGUUCCAAUUGUGUUUAAUUUUCUCAUUUUAAUUGUUCUAUAAUUGCUUUUGUA